AUGGCCCUUGCUGAAGAAAGCAGAGAAGAGGUGGUAGAUCAGGGACUGAUCCACUGUGGCAUGAGUUUUGAAGUUCUAGGCUAUGCUCACACUGAUGUGAUAGUGCCUAUUCAAAAUUAUUUUUCAAUGUUGAGAAGUAUUGAUGACUCAAAAGCUUAUGUUUGUUUGUUUCAAUCUUCAGAUUUCCUUUUUAAGUUCUUGGUCAUAGGAAAUGCUGGAACUGGAAAAUCCUGUUUACUACAUCAGUUUAUUGAGAAGAAAUUCAAAGAUGACUCAAAUCAUACUAUAGGAGUCGAAUUUGGUUCAAAGAUCAUAAACGUCGGUGGUAAAUAUGUAAAAUUGCAGAUAUGGGAUACAGCAGGACAAGAGAGAUUCAGGUCUGUAACAAGAAGUUACUACCGAGGUGCUGCAGGUGCUCUGCUUGUCUAUGAUAUCACCAGCCGAGAGACCUACAAUGCACUUACCAACUGGUUGACAGAUGCAAGAAUGUUAGCAAGUCAAAAUAUUGUGAUAAUACUGUGUGGAAACAAAAAGGAUCUUGAUGCAGAUCGUGAAGUUACUUUUUUAGAAGCAUCCCGGUUUGCACAAGAAAAUGAGCUGAUGUUCUUGGAAACGAGUGCACUAACGGGGGAAAAUGUUGAAGAGGCCUUUGUACAGUGUGCAAGAAAAAUACUCAAUAAAAUUGAAUCAGGAGAACUAGAUCCAGAAAGAAUGGGCUCAGGUAUUCAGUAUGGAGAUGCUGCCUUGAGACAGCUGAGAUCACCACGAAGAGCACAAGCAGAAAGUGCUCAGGAAUGUGGAUGUUAAAGAAACAAAACAUGAAAAAUCCCAAAUACUGAUUUUAGAUACAAAAGGAGCAGACCACUGCUGACAAAGAGAGAUGUGUAAUGUGAUGCAGGAAUGUGCGCAUGACACAAAAGACUGCAAAACAAACCCGAUAAUUUGGUGGACAAUGUUCAGGCUCAUAUCUGUAUGUAAACAUUUUCCAUUACCCAUUUUUGUUCCUUCACCUUUAGUUUAAAGCAUUGCUCUGUACUGUAUAUAAUGUAACAGUAAAUUUACAAAGCAUGGUAUACUUAUAUAUGAUGAUAGAAUGUUGCACUACAAGCAGUUUAAUAUUUUAUUUUUUUUAUCGUAUAAACUAAAAUUUAACUGAGGUAGGCUUUAUCAUGUUUGUUUGUUGCACAAUAGGUUAUAUUUAUUA